GGGGGAGAGAGAUUUUCUAUAUAUAAAGGGACGGUCGUGUGGUGAGAACUUGACCAAUAUUGCGAGAGUUUUGCAGUUAUUGUUCUGUCUUCGGAGUUCAUAUUGUUCUUCUUAUAUCGGUGUUGGGUUUGCAGAAAUGGCGAAACCCAUUUCCUUCCACGAACUGGCGAAACACAAGUGCAGGAACAACUGCUGGAUUCUCAUCCACGACAAGGUUUAUGAUGUGAGCAGCUUCAUGGAUGAACACCCCGGCGGAGACAAUCUAUUGUUAUCUGUAACCGGCAAAGAUGGGUCGGAUGAUUUCGACGAGGUAAGCCACAGCGACGAGGCCAAGGCCAUGAUGAAGAAGUUUUUCAUAGGGGAAGUGGACAAAUCGACGGUCCCCUCGACGAAGAAGUACGUUCCCCCGUGGAAGGAGGGUCAGGCCACGGCCGUCAAACCCUCUGGUUCAAACAAGAUGCUUCAGUUCCUGGUCCCUCUCCUCAUCCUCGGGCUUGCCCUAGUUUUCAGAUUCUACACCAAGUAAAGAUCGAGUUCACGAACUCUUUGUUUCGUGAAUCUGUGUCUGUAAUUCCGUGUUUGUGAAUUGUAGUAUUGGUCGUGUUUUCGUGUCCGAACCGGUGUUUGUAAUAAUGGUCCAUCAAAGAGAAGAGUCGGUCCAUGGUUUCCAAUUCCACUGUCAAAUGCUUUCAAUUGAAACUCAAA